GUUCAAUUACGACGCUACCUUGUCGCAAACCGUCUACAGGCUUCUAAGUAUUAUCUGAUUACAAAAUCAGUGCAACAAUGGUUCCUCUACUCCAAGUGUCUGUUUUAAUUAUAUUCCUACACUUUGAACAGUGCACCGCUCCUGGCAGCCAUGGGCUUGAGACUUGUGAACAUCACUGUAGUGAACAUGGACAUUGUGUAAAAGUGCAUGCUUCGACUUACAAGUGCCAAUGUCACCAUGGAUGGGAAGGGACUGACUGUUCGCACGAAAUAAUUGCUUCCGGUGCAUACUCUCUUUCUGAGUGCCAUGCAAAAUGCAGUAGCCAUGGACACUGUGUACAUCAUCAUACUGGUCAUGGGUAUAUUUGUCAAUGUGACUCAGGAUGGCACGGCUCGCACUGUACACUGGAAAAUACAACGUCCACGUCUCAACUUCAAGACCAUUGUCAAGGACACUGUGGCAGCCAUGGGAAGUGUGUACAAUAUAAUCUUCAUACUAGUCUCUUUGGUAUUUCUACUAGGUAUAGUUGUCAGUGUGAGGCAGGUUGGCAUGGAACUCACUGUACCAUGCAAUAUUCAUCAAGCGGCACAGUGCAGUGUCACAAUACGUAUUGCGUGCACGGAGUUUGCGAGCAUGGACAUUAUAGCUUCAGCUCAGAUCAUUGUAACUGUAAUCAUGGAUGGCAAGGUCGGCAUUGUGAUCAACAAAUAACAACAG